AUAGGUUUGGAACGGACAUAAGAAAUGUCGACGGUUACAGUUUAAACUGUCGGCGGUUACAGUUUGAACGGAGGACGAAUCUCUGUUUUCAAGGAGCUCGCUCGCCAUUGGACGAAAGCGAGAGUCCCAACGCGCAUGUCAAGCACAUGUCUUCCGUUUCGCGCCUAAAACUGCUGGCGUGUGUACGAAAUACACAAGCGGCGCACAUCGGUCUCUCAGCAUCAGCUUUUCGUUCCGAUUGAUAUGGAUCCGGGUGGGAAGCUACUGUCGGGAAGCGGUUAUCCUUUUCAGAAAAUGCCAGCCAGGGAAGUGCGACGCAAGCUGCACGUUAUUAAGCGCAAUGGGCGUAAGGAGGACGUUCAUUUUGACAAAAUUACUUCAAGGAUUGCCAAGCAGUGCUAUAACUUGGAUAUGAAUUAUGUGGAUCCAUCUGCUGUGGCGAUUCAAGUAAUACGCGGUUUGUAUUCCGGAGUAACUACGGUUAAACUUGAUAAUCUUGCGGCGGAAACUGCAGCCACGAUGGCAACCAAUCAUCCUGACUAUGCUAUACUGGCAGCAAGAAUUGACGUGUCUAACCUGCACAAGGAAACCAAGAAGAGUUUCAGUGAGGUCAUGCAUGACUUAUAUUACGCCAAGAAUCCCGUCACGUACGAACAUAUUCCUAUAAUCAGCGAGCAUUAUUACAAUAUAAUUAAGAAUAACGCAGAAAAAUUGGACUCUGCUAUAAUAUACGAUCGAGAUUUCAACUACAAUUAUAUUGGUUUUAAAACGCUCGAGAGAAGCUAUCUGUUGAAGAUCAAUGGCAAGAUAGCGGAGCGGCCUCAACAUAUGUUGAUGAGAGUGGCUGUUGGCAUUCACGAGAACGACAUCGACAGGGCCAUAGAAACAUACAAUUAUUUGUCUGAACGUUAUUUCACACAUGCUUCACCAACGCUGUUCAACGCCUGCACCAACAACCAGCAGAUGUCCAGCUGCUUCCUCCUAACGCUCGAAGACGACAGUAUAAAGGGUAUUUACAGCACGCUGAAAAAGUGCUCGCUCAUUAGCAAGUACGCUGGAGGAAUUGGACUCAAUGUACAUUGCAUUCGUGCUAAGAGCGAAGAAGAUACUACUGCAACUAACGGCUUGGUUCCGAUUCUGAAGCUAUUUAACGAAAUAGCUAUUUACGUUGAUCAAGGAGGAAACAAAAGACCAGGAGCGUUCGCCAUCUAUUUGGAGCCGUGGCAUGCCGACAUCUUUGACUUCUUGGAACUUAAAAGGAACAUUGGUGAUGGAAAUAUGCGUGCCCGAGACUUGUUUUAUGGCCUCUGGAUACCGGAUCUUUUUAUGAAACGUAUGCAUAAUGACGAGAUGUGGAGUUUGAUGUGUCCAUACGAAUCUCCCGGCUUGGCCGAUGUUUGGGGCGAGGAAUUUGAAACACUGUAUACUAAAUAUGAAAAGGAAGGACGCUACAGGAAACAAGUGGAAGCCAGAGCCAUAUGGCACGCCAUUCUCAGAUCCCAAGUGGAAACUGGAACGCCUUAUAUGCUUUACAAAGACCACUGUAAUCGAAAAUCGAAUCAUCAGCACGUAGGCACUAUCAAAUGCAGCAAUUUGUGCACCGAGGUUAUUCAAUAUUCCGGUCCCGGAGAGGUCGCCGUAUGCAAUUUAGCGUCUAUCGCUGUCAACAUGUUCGUCAACGCAGACGCCAAAACUUUCGAUUUUGAUAAACUUAAGACAGUCGCAAAAAUCGUCACCCGCAAUCUAGAUAAAGUCAUCGACGUAAAUUUCUAUCCUAUCCAAGAGACGAAAACAUCUAAUCAAAGACACAGACCUAUUGGUAUCGGGAUACAAGGUUUGGCAGAUGCAUUCCUACUAAUGCGAUAUCCUUUCGAGAGCAAAGAAGCGAAGGAACUCAAUAUAAAAAUCUUCGAAACACUUUAUUACGGCGCCUUGGAAGCUAGUUGCGAAUUAGCUGAGCAAAAGGGCACUUAUGAAACGUAUCCAGGUAGUCCAGUCAGCAAAGGCAUCCUCCAAUACGACAUGUGGAACGUUAAGCCGACAGAUUUAUGGGAUUGGGACGAAUUGAAGAAGAAAAUCGCAAAGCACGGAGUAAGAAAUUCUCUUUUAAUAGCGCCUAUGCCAACAGCCUCGACGGCACAGAUUUUAGGGAAUAACGAGUCCAUUGAACCCUACACGACUAAUAUCUACGUGAGACGCGUAUUGUCUGGAGAAUUUGUCAUUGUCAAUCCCCACCUAUUGCGAGACUUGACCGCCAGAGCUUUAUGGGACGAGGAUAUGCAAAACGAGAUACUCGCGAAUUUUGGAUCUGUGCAAAACAUCAAGCGUAUUCCCGAUGAUUUGAAAGAGCUUUAUAAAACUGUAUGGGAAAUAUCGCAGAAAGUGAUUCUCCAAAUGGCUAUUGAUCGAGGAGCUUUUAUCGAUCAAUCGCAAUCCCUCAACGUUCACAUAGGAGAUCCGACGACUGAGAAGCUCUCGUCGAUGCAUAACUUCGGUUGGGAAAACGGCCUAAAGACUGGCAUGUACUACCUGCGAACAAAGCCAGCCGCAAAUCCUAUACAAUUCACAGUGGACCAGUCAAAACUACAAAGUCGCGAUUCCUUGAUGAAUGACUCCAAUAAUAGCAUAUCUAGUGUCGACAGCACUCUGGUUUUGGUGUCCAAAAUGGAUGUCAGCGACGAUAACAGUGGUGAAAAGCAAAAAUUAAGUCAGCAAGCAAGUAAUAAUUUGAAAGCGAUGCUUGCUUGCUCGCGUAUCAAUGGGGAGAAUUGCACGUCGUGCAGCUCCUGAGUAUUUACUACUUUUAAGCCUAAUCUCUUGUGUCUCGAAUAUGUAAGCUGUUUUCUAUCUUUGUAAAUUGUAUGAAUUAUUUUUAUUCAUGUAAAUUGUAAACAAAAACGUAGUUUCGAUACAUAUAUUCUAAAUUAUAUUUUGUAAUGGAUAAAAGAUGUUUUGAUAAACACGUAAUAUUUUUAAAAAAUUAGUAAAAUUAAAUAAGAUUUUAAUUAUAAAAUUUACGAUUAUAGAAAUUAGCAAAUCUGAACAAUGUUUUUUUGCAUAAAAGCGUUAGUUUUCCUAGAAAAUAUUUAGAAAACUUGGUAAACUUUGUACUUAAAGAUAAACAUAAGAAAUACAUAUUUUUAAAGGUGUGUAUAAAGUGUUGCCGAAGUAACGUUUCUUUUUAGGAA